AUCUCACCACAACCACAACAACUCUCAUUCUCAAACAACACAAAAUUUGCCCGCGAAUUCAAUCCUCUUAACCAAAAGGAAAACCAGAUUUAUCUAAUCCAAAUAAUUAAUUAACAUGAGGUUUUAAAAAAAUGGCGAUUUCAUCGUCCUCACAGUUAUUUCAAUUACCACUGCUUCAUCCACCUCAUCUCUCACCUAACAUUCCGGUCACCGGAUACUCAUCCGUCCGGUCAAAAUGUCAGCAUUUCAUCACUCUACGUUACUCCUCCGAUCAUCUCUUUCCGGUUACAUCCACUGCUAGUAAAUUUAAGACGUAUUGUACCAAAUCCACGGAGGAGAUAACUGCGGAGACGUUUAACGAUGAUGAUUAUCGUGAAGAAGAAACUCACCGGAGCUCUGAUGAUGACGUGGAUAAGACGGACGACGGCGGUUCUCGACGCAAUGUUUCGUUAUUGUCUGAUACUUUAAAUUUAGGCAUUCGUGAACCUGUUUAUGAGGUUGUGGAAGUAAGCUCAGGCGGUAAGGUGUCGACCAGAAAAAUUAGUAGACGACAUCUGCUCAAGUCAAGCGGUCUUCGCCCUCGAGACAUCCGGAGUGUUGAUCCUUCACUGUGGUUGACCAACACGAUGCCUUCAUUGCUGGUUCGUGAAAAUGCAAUAUUAUUGAAUCUAGGCUUACUACGGGCGAUUGCAAUGCAAGAUAGUGUGUUUAUAUUUAAUUACAACCGGAGAGCAGGCAAAGCUUUUAUUGACGCGUUAUUACCUCGGUUAAAUCCUAAAAACAUGCAUGGAGGUCCUGUAAUGCCAUUUGAGCUUGAGGUAGUAGAAGCUGCCUUACAUUCACGAAUACAGCGCUUUGAGGAUAAACUUAUGGAUUUAGACCCACGUGUUCAAGGUUUACUUGAAGUUUUGCCAAACCGAUUAACUGCUGACAUAUUGGAGCAGCUUCGCAUUAGCAAACAAACCCUGGUUGAAUUAGGAUCGAAAGCAGGAGCACUCAAACAAAUGUUGCUUGAUAUACUCGAGGAUUCUCAUGAAAUUCGUCGCCUCUGUAUCGUGGGCAGAAAUUGUAUCCUGCGUAGAAACGAUGAUCUGGAAUGUUCUGUGCCGCAAGAAAAGCAGAUUGCUGAGGAAGAAGAGGAAGAAAUUGAAAUGCUGCUUGAAAAUUAUCUUCAAAGAUGUGAAUCAUGUCAUAAUCAAGCCGAAAGGCUUCUUGAGUCAGCAAGAGAAAUGGAAGACUCGAUCUCUGUUAACUUAAGCUCUCGGCGGCUUGAAGUAAGCAGAUUUGAGUUACUUCUUCAGGUUGGGACCUUUUGUGUUGCCGUUGGUGCUCUAGUUGCAGGUAUAUUUGGCAUGAAUCUAAAAUCCUAUCUUGAAGAACAUGUGUUUGCAUUUUGGCUCACAACUGGAGGGAUUGUUUUUGGCGCGGUAAUGGCAUUUUUCCUUAUGUACUCAUACCUCAGAACAAGGAAAAUACUUUAGUUCCCGCGAGUAUCUAAAACACUUUGUACAUCAACCAUAUCCACUUGAUUAUCAUCUUCGACUUGCAAGAAGGAAUAACCCAAUCUCACCUAGUAAUAUGGUAUACUGAUGAGAGAUGAAGACACUAGGAACAUGAGCCUACUUUUUGAGAGGAAUCAGAUUGAGAUGUUUGUUUGGAUAUCCCUUGAAUACAAUAUGAGGGCAUGCAUACAGGUAUUUAACAAGAUGGCACACCUCUCUGGUACAUCCAAAUCAAAGUGUCGCCAACCGUCUGAUUGUCACAACAGGUCAGAUGCUAUUUGUGGAGCUGUGGGUGCAUUUUAUUUGAGGUAUUUCAGAACAUCAAUUGUUAGUACUUAAAAGUACCAUUCAUUAAUCGAGAUUUUAGAUAUCUCAACUAUAACAGAACCUGCUCUCUAGCUAAAGACAGCAGAUACAUUCUUGGUUGUCCAUUAUAAAGUGCUAUUUUUAUCUC